GAGCGGCAGGAAGAGGGAAACCCAACUUCUUUCGCGUUGGAUGACUUUUACGCAACUUUUACGCGCAUCAUUUGACAGAUUUGAUGCACAAUCCCCUCUAUUUUUAACACUGUUACGUGUUCGCGAUGGUUUGUAGGGGCUGAAUUAGGAAAUAUGCGACUCAAAAUGAUUCUCCACAACACCUGUGGAUUUGUUUGAAAAAGUAUUCUUUGGCUGCGAUUCGUCGUUUCGCGCAAUUCAAGGCUCUGAGAAAGACGCUCUCCUUAUGCGAGAUUGGAUAAACCUUAAAUUCCUUGCAGUCAAAGACUUUGCGUUUUGUUAUGCAUCCGUGAAAGUUUCCCCUAUCCGAAUUGCUGUCGUUCGGAGCAGGGGGAACAUUUGAUGGAUUUUUUAUGUGGAACCCGCUAGGAUGGACGUGGUAGAUGAAACUGAAGCCUUACAGAGAUUUUUUGAAGGCCAUGAUAUUACCAGUUCUCUGGAUACAUCCAACAUCGACACCAGUAUCCUGGAAGAGUACAUCAGCAAGGAGGACGAUAGCACUGACAUCUGUUUCUCAGAGGUCCACAGCACCCCAGGACCAAAUUACUCAUCUCCUCAAGCCGGAGUGUCGUCCUCUGGGGGGUUGGUGUGCGGCGUGAGCCCUCCAAUUCCUCUCCGCCAGGGAGCCCCUCCCACUGCCCCCACGAACUGUCCCAACGCAUACCCUCCUGGUCCUUCCUUGAGCCUACGACACAGCUACCCCUGCCUGGGUCAGCACCAACAGCACCAGCAGCAGGCUCACGUCAAACCUGAGCACAGAGGGCACUACGCUCCUGGAACUCUUCCCGAGUCCCCGCCAGACUCCAGCUCAGAGCCAUAUUCUCCUCAACAGGUGAAUGACCCGCACAUGAUCAGGACCAUGACACCGGAAAACAUGUGUCACAUGACUCCUACGCCACCACUUCCCCCGCACGGCCACUAUCCUGGCAUGCACCGGGACAUGUACCUAAAGCCAGAGCCAAUAAUAUCACAGUAUCCCAUUGGUCCAGCAACAAGCGCGGGUGGAGACAUGCAGCAGACGCAAAUGCUUCACCAACUACUCCAGCAUCCGCAGGGACAGGACGGAAUUCCUGUUCACCAGGCCAAAAAGAGGAAGCAUUCCGAUUCACCCAAUAGCACUCUUAAUUCCCAAAUCCUCACAGGUAUCAUCAAACAAGAACCAGGUUUGAUGCAGGAUGCAGAAAAUGGAUACAUGGACCCAAACUAUCAGUGCAUUAAGUGGCAACCUCACCAGCAGAACAAGUGGACGCCACUUUAUGAUGCAAACGGAAAAGAGCUUCCGAUGCCAACCUACAGAGUUGAUGCCGACAAAGGCUUCAACUUCUCCUUGUCCGAUGAUGCUUUUGUAUGCCAGAAGAAGAACCACUUCCAGGUGACCGUGUAUGUUGGGAUGCUAGGAGAUCCGAAGUACAUCAAGACAAGUGAAGGUCUUCAACCCAUUGACUGUUUCUAUCUCAAACUCAACGGCGUAAAAGUAGAGGCUAUGAACCAAUCCAUCAGUGUGGAGCAGUCACAGUCGGAUCGAAGCAAGAGGCCUUUCAAGCCAGUUUUGGUCACCUUGCCCCCAGAGCAGGUCACAAAAGUGACAGUGGGCCGGCUCCACUUCAGUGAAACCACAGCAAACAACAUGCGAAAGAAAGGCAAACCAAAUCCCGACCAGAGGUACUUCAUGCUGGUUGUGGCAUUACAUGCUCAGUCCCACAGUCAGACCUACACUGUGGCUGCUCAUGUGUCUGAGAGGAUCAUCGUCAGGGUAACGUCCAGCCAUGCAUCUAACCCAGGCCAGUUUGAAAGCGACUCUGAUGUGCUGUGGCAACGAGGCCAGUUACCCGACUCAGUCUACCAUCACGGGAGAGUCGGCAUCAACACAGACCGGCCUGAUGAAGCCCUUGUUGUCCACGGUAAUGUCAAGGUCAUGGGCUCCCUUGUGCAUCCGUCUGACAUCCGAGCCAAAGAGAAUGUACAAGAGGUGGACACCACUGACAAUUUGAAAAGGAUUUCUCAAAUGAGGCUGGUCCAUUAUCAAUACAAGCCCGAGUUUGCAGCCACAGUCGGCAUAGAGAACACUGCGGAGACGGGAGUGAUUGCUCAAGAGGUCCAACAAAUCUUACCUGAAGCAGUCAAAGAGGGGGGAGAUGUUGUGUGCGCCAACGGCGAAACCAUUCCUAACCUGUUAGUUGUCAACAAGGAGCGCAUCUUCAUGGAGAACGUGGGAGCAGUGAAGGAGCUAUGCAAGCUGACAGACAACCUCGAGACCCGAAUAGAUGAACUGGAGCGCUGGAGCCGCAAAUUGGCUAAGCUGCGACGUCUUGACAGCAUGAAGAGUACCGUGAGUGGAGGCACGGUCAGCCAGUCAGGAAGUUAUUUUAGCAGGACAGGAAGUGGUCCCCUCAAAAAGAAGACAGUCAAACCUGGAAGCAAGAGCCCACUUCCAGAUCAAGGGUGUAUCAGUCAGAAGUUCAUGCAGGGGAGCAUCCUGGCGCUUGUCAUUGUCAUGGCCUUCAGUGUCAUAUCCAUGUCCAUCUUGUAUGUACUGACUCUUCAUCAUAGAGGAGACAUCACAGAUAAAGAUGGCUUUGUUUCCUACCCAUGUGCUCUCUACAUCUCUUGGAUGCCCACCUUUACUGCCACUGUCACUUUCUGUCCGCCUUCAUGUUCAUGGUCAAGAGCAGCAUUGGAAUCCUCACGCAAGAGUCCAUUUGUUCCAGUUUCCACGACACCUACACCAGCUUGCUGUUCAACCACAACCUUGAACAACCAAUCAUCGACGAUUUUGACAAUAAAUAACAACCAUUCUGCUACAGCUUCAGACAACUUGGUUCCCACACCAGGCUCCAUUAAUAAGAAGGCCAAGUCCAGAAUAAUGGACAAGGAUGGUCGCAACAGAAACCGUCUCAGUCACACAUCCGCUCCAUUAUACCUUUCCAAGUCCAAAAGGCCUGCAUCAGCAGACUCCGACGGAGCGGGAGUCAUCAACCGGCUGCCCGGCGGACAGCAGCCAGUGCCACGCAGGCAACGGAGUGUAUAUCUGAAGGGUAAACUCACAAACAUGACUCUUUUUACUGGAGGAAGAUCAACUCCAUCUCUGACUGGUGUUCAUAUAGUGGAGACGGACCAAGAAAUUUCAACACAGCAUUGUAAAACCCCCAAGAGCUGCAGCUACACAAUAUCCCUCCGUGGAAACAAAAAUUCGUCAUUAUCACAACUCACUUUGCACAUGAUGGCUACUGACAGUGUGUGGGUCCACCAAUGUCGAGCCACUAAAGGACGUUUAUGUCCCAACCACACUGAGAUCGAGCUGUACAGUGGACAAAGAACAUCAACACAAGGCACUCAUCACUUGUGGUCACUGCCUCUGCUGUCUUUCCAGGACAUCAGCUAUCACUUUCGUGUGUCCUCUUCUAAUGGAAUUAGCUGUACCACUAAGGCAGAAAUGUCAUCCUUCUCCGACUACCACUUUGUCAUUGAAAGCAGCUGCAUGUGAAAUGUGAGAGGAUGCCUGCCCACCCCUUCGUGCCUUAUAGCGAGCCACAUCCACCUGUGGGAUUGCUGUGUUUUUAAUGUGCAUUUUGUCUCUAUAUCGUACAUUAUUCUCAAAGAAAGUCGUGUAAAACAAUAUAUCACUGCACUUUGUGUUGUCUCACUAAUGUCGACGUUUGUUUUUGCUAUCAUGUCUGGAAAUGUUUGAGAGCGAUUGACGACUAUGUUGCACCACAGUUUAAUCUCAGCGUGAAAUGAUAUUUGUGAGGUUUGAAUGCAAAUUACUGAUCACAAACAUCCCACUGUGCACCAGACUACUCUGGAUGACAUAGUACACAUUUGUGUUGACUUUCUGUACACUGAAAUUACCAAUGCCUCAAAACAUUUAUAUGUUCAUACACUGCGGACUUAAAUGUUACGGUUAUGUAUGGUUGCAAGUGAUUGCAUUUUUAAUUUUUUUUAAUUUUUUUUUACCUCAAAUAGUCCACACUGCAAUUUGGGAGAAUACUGCACAUACAAAUGAGGAAAGUUUUCACUUAAUGGUAUAUUCAAAACAUCGGAAUUCUACAUAAAACGAAAAUGUAUGCAUUACUUCACGUACAUUGUUAUUUUUGUAUCUUGUAUUGAAGCGACCAAGACAUGCAUAGAAUUACAUGUGAUAAGACUGGAUGAACAAAUGAUUAGUAACUGGAAUUUAUAAAGGAUUGAAAAAUAAUAUGUCUAACACUGCCAAUAUUUCACAAGAAAACACUGGAAUAGCUCACACUGAAUAUCGCCUAUGCUGAUAAACAACGAAAGUUUUUUUUUUCCCAAUCUUAUCCCUGAAAAAAAAAUUCAAUCGCCACAUUUUCAUCUGCAAUUAUAAAGCUGCAAGGGAGUUUAGUUUCGAACUCCACAAUUGACCUCACUGCAUAAAUAUUUCCCUCUUACAAAAUAUAUAAUUAUUCUGUAUCAUCUUGUAACAAUUUUAAUAUGUGUGAUAUAAUAUUGGUUAUAAGGUUUUCUGGUUUUAAAAAAUUAUUGCGUUAUUCUUAAAUGUUGUGCUUUCAAAUCUGUUGUCCACACAUUUUUGACCAAUUCAUUAUCAAAGAGGAAAAACAGCCAUUGGAGAAAAAGAAAAUGUACUGUUUAGGAAAAGAAGAAGAUUAUAUAAUAUGAAUACUCAGAGCAACUAUUUUCAUUUACAUAUGGCUUGUGUAGUACUCUUGCUAUUUAUAAUGCACCAGCUAGCAUCAAUGAAACCACUGUAGCACUUUUCACACUGUGUGUACAUAUACACUGUAUAUAUAAAUAAUGACCUGCUCUUGCUCUGUCCAGCUGCUUUAGAUAAUCCAGUAAAAUUGCAUUACAUGUAACCGUGUGGAAGCAUUGUGUUUAAAACACAUUUGUAUUAUUAUAUUAUUUUUUUUAAUCCGUUCUUUCAUUUUUUUUUCUUCCUGUAAAUGUAAUACUUUUAGCUGAUGAUGAACCAAUUCUUUACAUUUCUACAUGUGAAGUCGAAAUACCACAUCACUAACUUGAAAACUUAAAUAUCACUGUUGAGCCCACUUUUGUCAUCAUUUUUCCUCAGAGCUUUUUAUGUCAAGAAUAUGCUGUAAUACUGUAAAAGCAAAUAAAUAUAUGAU